UGACAACGACUGCUUGAUCUGGUCGCGCGGGGCAGAAGGAAAUGUUCUGGGGCAGGCAGCAGAUUCCAGGUAUAAAUCCAAUUACAACGAAGACCGAUAUAAAUCCUGUCCUGCUAUUUCUCAGCAGUCAUGGAAGGUAAGUCUAUCCUUGAGCAGGAGUUAAGACGACGGACGACUCCCGCCAUCAACCAAAAGCGGGCAAGUUAAAAACAGCAGAAACAAAUGAUCAAGAUGAAUUAUACGACCGACUUCUUCAGCGACAUAUACAAUACAGCACGGUAUCAGUAAGCUGUUUGUAACACACGCAAAGGAUUUGACCAUCGCGUCUAACGGAGUUCUUCCGGCGGAGUAUUUCUGGAAUUCGAUCGUUAUCAUGGAAAUGUACACUGACGUCCUACUUGUCACCGCAAAUGUUGGAUCAUUAUUCGACAAUGUGGGUGAGAUUGAGAGUGACUGGAUGCGAGAAUUCUUUGGGACAGUCCAGAGUCACAAACCACGCUUCAUCGCCCUGCAUUUCCAGGAGGUUGGAGGGAAGGACUACAUGGUCAACAUGGGCCACGCAGAGAACUUCUUUUGGAACAUUGAGUCCAAUGAGGAGAUGAGAGACUUUGACAGGGUCUGCACCUAUGUGGACAACCACUUCAAGAACGUGGACAGCUUCACUGCCCUGGGAAGCAUGUACUUCAUCCAUAAGUCAUUGAAAAACAUCUACCAAUAUGAUUUUAAUGUUAAGGAUUUUAAAGCAGUGUCUGGACAGAACAAGCAUGUAGGCUCCCUGGAUGAAGUAACCACAGUGGAGAAAGAAAAAUUCCUGAAGAAUUUCUGGCCCGAUUUCAAAUGGUCUAGGAAGGGCUUUAUGAGGACCCGGUGGAUCAUUCACAACCAGGGUCUGGACCUAGUCAACGUACACCUCUUCCAUGAUGCCUCCAACCUCAUUGCCUGUAACACCAGUCCCUCCAUUUACUCAGACAACCGCCAGAAGGCCCUGAGAUAUGUCAUCAACAGGAUAUCAGACAGCAGCUACACCCCACUCCCCUUCUUCCUGUUUGGGGAUUUCAACUUUCGCCUGGACACCCUUAGCCUGGUCCAGAACUUGUCCACUUCAGCAGUGGUGCAGACAGUGAAGAAGGACAGCAGUAACGAGGUGGAAAAAAUUAUCUGUGAGCAAAAGGACAAUGACCACAAGGUUCUUCUCCAUAUUGAGACCAAGAUAUUUGCCUACCUGCACCAGGCAGUGUUCACAGAGGACAACGGCAGAGCGAUUCUGAAGUAUGACAAGGAGAUCUCAGCCUUUCAUGAUGUCAUUACAGAGGAAGACAUCCUGUUUCCACCCAGUUACCCAUACAGUGAGGACAACACUAAACCCACCCAGUACAUGAACACUCGCUGCCCCUCCUGGUGUGACCGCAUUCUCAUGUCUCACACUGCCCAAGACAUCAUCCACAGGAGAGAUGAGGGAGCGAGCAGUGUGGUUUACAACACAAUGGGCCCUAGUGUCUGCAUGGGAGACCACAAGCCUGUUUUCUUGUCCUUUGCACUGAAGACGAAUGGCCAUUGACAAGGAUCCCGCUCAAUGGUAUGCCAGUAUCUAUCCAACACAAGUCCCACUGGCCAUCACUAUCACACUCCCACUCCACUAUCCGUACCAGAGGAUAAACAGAACAGCUCCUAGCCAGUCACAGGACCCAGCCUCUCCCUGAUGUGCAUGCAGUCAGUCAGUAUCCACCCAACCAGGUCUCUCACGUUCUCUCCUCUCACUCCAAGUUAUUGAUUGCCAUGGCUUGGGUGACAUCACCACAGAUUUGAUCAUCAGCAUUAUGGAUUUUUUUGACGGACAAUUUGCUCUGUCCUGUGCUGGGCCAUAUAUCUUAAAUCGUCUCACCCCAAAAUACACAGAGAUGCAGGGGUAUUUUUUGAAGUCCUACCUUCAGUGCUCGACCAUUGGAACCAGAGUAUGUGUGGCAGAUUGCUGGGUGGAAUAGGGCCAACAAAAAGACAAUGUGGGACUGCUGAUGUUCAGCCCACGGUCUUGUCAUGGAGGGCACAAGUCUGUCCCAGUGGGAUUAAGGAGACAUGUGAGGACACACACACUGGCAUCUUGCCAAGUAAAUACCCUAACUUCAGCUGAUCAAACGGUUUUCAGUUGUCAAGGGUUUACAUUUAAGUAUUCCUUCUGACAUCCCUGAAUGGAAUAUGCAUGCAUGCUUUUCAGUUGUAUUUUAGUAGUCUUUUAUUUUUCCUAUUUAUUUUCUAACUUUUAACUGGUUACUAUCAAUAUAAGUAUGCUUAAAUCAAAUAUUCAGAAACACAAUAAACAAAAGCUACUGCAGUAUUUCAAUGCACCGUCA